AACGCAGCUCACCAUGUCCGACACUUGCGUCCCCCACGAUGACAGAACGACCACGCUACUCACGACCUUCAUUUGCAUUGGCAUGGCCAUCUCCUAUUUGCCUCAGCAUUUGAAGAUAAUUCAGUCCAAAUCUUCUGAGGGUUUCAGCCCAUGGUUCUUGCUUUUAGGAAGCACGUCUUCUGCUUCGGGAAUGCUCAACAUCAUUGUGAAACAAUGGGGUAUCAUUAAGUGCUGUCGCGUGCUCACUCCAGGGAACUGUAUGGAAUCGACCGCAGGCAUCUUCCAACUCUUUCUACAAUGGUUUCUAUUUACAUUCAUCUUGGUGCUAUACAUCAUCUACUACCCACCACACCUCAAGUACGUUUUCGUCAGUGUUGAGGACGACAACCACGGCACAAGAGUGCCUCUGCUCAUCAAGACUUCUCUCAAGAGCGAGAACUGGAAACUAUCCGUCGUUCUCUCUUGGAUCGUCUUUCUUCACUUUCUCGUUACGACCUCUAUCACCUUCGUACUUCUCCUAACCUCCCCUUCCUAUCCUUCCCCCUCUCCCUCACCCCGCAACAGCCAAAUAGAGACCUGGGCCACAUUCCUCGGACUCACAUCCGCGCUCCUCGCAGCCUUGCAAUACGCUCCACAGCUAGUACACACCUACAGAAUGAAACUCGUCGGAGCGUUGAGUAUCAAGAUGAUGUGUAUCCAGAGCCCUGGAGCAUUGUUGAUGGUAUCGAGCAUCGCUUUGAGGCCGGGGACGAAUUGGAGCACUUGGCUUCCGUAUGCUGUAGCAGGUGCACUUCAGGCCACACUCCUCACGAUGUGCAUCUUCUGGCAUGUCCGUCAGAAGCGUCUGAGUAUCGACGACUUUGGCAAUCCCCUCUCCGAAGAAGACGACUUAGACCAAGGAGAUUCGCCCGUCCAUGUCACCGCAGGACCAGGCGCAGGCGUACCAGUGAGAGAGGCAGUUGGUGAUGCUGUGCAGAAUGACGUUCGUGACGAGGAUGAGUCUGGCGAGGAUACACCGUUGUUGGGGGAGAAUGGGAAGCAUGCGAAGAAAGGUGUCAAGGGUUUGUUGAACAGGUUUAAGUUGCGUAGAUGAAGUUGGACUUGGGUUUAUGCCUUUCUUGCGGAAUUUUUCCCUUUACAAUAUGGAUUGGAUAUAUACCUGCUUCGGAACAUCUAAUGGAUUUUCGUCUUCCCUCUGUUGACCCGUUAUUGCUGUUGAAUGCGUUCAAAUUCACCAAGUCAUUCAAUCCCUUCCUUCCGUCCGUGCAGAUGGCCUGUCGUAGAAUAAGAGUACUGGUGUUUCUCUCGACUCUCAGGGAGUAGAAAACCAAACG